AUGGUCCAACGGAAUCUAACAGUUCUGACUGAAUUCAUUCUGAUGGGAGUCACAACAUGGCCCGAGCUACAGCUUCCCCUUUUUGGGGUCUUCCUCGUCAUCUACAUGAUCACAGUGAUGGGCAAUCUCGGGAUAGUCCUUCUGACCAAGCUCGACUCCCGGUUACACACCCCAAUGUACUUCUUUAUCAGACACCUGGCUUACAUUGAUCUUGGUAAUUCCACUGUCAUUUGUCCCAAGAUGCUGGUAAAUUUUGUCGUGGAUCAAAAUACCAUUUCCUAUUCUGCAUGUGCUACCCAGCUGGCUUUCUUCCUCAUGUUCAUUAUUGGUGAAUUUUUCAUCCCAUCAGCCAUGGCUUAUGACCGCUAUGUGGCCAUCUGUAGCCCUCUGCUUUAUAACGUGAUCAUGUCUCAGAGACUCUGCCAUGUGCUGGUGGGCAUCCCAUAUCUCUACAGCACUUUUCAGGCUCUGUUGUUUACGACUAAGAUUUUUACACUGACCUUCUGUGGCUCUAAUGUUAUUAGUCAUUUCUAUUGUGAUGAUAUUCCCUUGUUACCUAUGCUCUGCUCAAAUGCACAAGAAAUAGAAUUGUUGAUCAUAUUAUUUUCAGCAUUUAAUCUGAUUUCCUCCCUCCUGGUAGUCCUAGUGUCCUACCUGCUAAUUCUGUUAACCAUAUUUCGAAUGCACUCUGCAGAGGGGAGGAAGAAAGCUUUCUCCACGUGUGGUUCUCAUCUGACAGUGGUGGUCGUGUUCUAUGGGUCUCUCCUCUUUAUGUAUGUGCAGCCCAAAUCCACUCACUCUUACGAUACUGAUAAAAUAGCCUCCGUGUUUUACACAUUAGUGAUCCCCAUGCUGAACCCCUUGAUAUACAGUUUUAGGAAUAAAGAGUUUAAAAAUGCCUUCCACAGGGUGUUAAUGAAUUUUUGA